UCGGAACUCAACGGUUGUUCCCACGCCCACGCCCGCGGGAGGUGUCCUGACGAGAUGUCUAGCAAGAGGGGCGUCGCCCUGGCGCUGGCGACGCUCUUGUGCGUCUUCUACUGUGGUACAGCCAGGACUGUUGAGGAAGGGAAUAAAAAGAUUCCACUUAGUUCAAAGCACACUAAGUCGAAUACCUCCAAACACAUUGAUCCCCGCCAGUUUACACUAAGUCCUGAUCAAGCUCACACUUACGCUAAUGACAGUGAAGUUGGACCCCGCCAGUUUACACUAAGUCCUGAUCAAGCUCACACUUACGCUAAUGACAGUGAAGUUGGACCCCGCCAAUUCACUCUAAAUCCAGGUCAAGCUCACACUUACGCUAAUGACAAUGGAGUUGGACCCCGCCAGUUUACACUAAGUCCUGAGCAAGCCCACACCAACGCCAGUGAGUUUGUUAUAGAACCACGAAUCGAUGGUACACUGCACGCAAUGAGCAGAGCUGGGGUUACCUGCGGGAAACGGUUCAUUCCGCCAGGGUCUACCAGAUUGUUCCAGUCGAGAGGCUACCCAGAAAAUUAUCGGAACAGGUAUAGAUGCCUGUGGAGAUUUAGGACCUCAGUAGAAUCUUCUUUAAGCAUCGCCUGCGACGAUUUCCAGCUGGAGCCAUCCCAACGCUGCAAAAGGGACUUCUUAAGAGUCUGGGGUCCAGGAAUCAAUAAAAAAUUUUGUGGAUCCUGGGCUCCCUUCACGGUAUCUGUGGAAGGCAGGAUACUUCGGGUUUUGUUCAAAACUAAUAAAAGAAAUAAUAAGAAAGGAUUCAGCUGCUACGUUACAGCUUCAAAUAUCCCAGAGUUAACAACGACGACGACGACGACGACGACGACGACACACAACAACAACUACAACAGAAACAACCUCGUCUACGCCUGUGCCUACAACUUCAACAACAACAUUGCUCGCUCCAGACUGCCAUAUUUGCCUUUCACGUAA